AUGCUGUUUUAUGGUUUUAUGAAGCUGGUUGCACCUGGGAUUCAUGGCUGCAUUUAUGCCUCUCUUGUGUUUCUUGUCUGCUGGACUUUGGCAUUCAUUAUUGCUGCUGCUACAGCUGACUUUCCAGCUGGACUUUCAGCUGGCCUUCUUCCAGCUGGAUUUUUAGCUGGCUUUCAGCUGGUCUUAUCGCUUUUUAUGCCUUUCAGCUGGUCCAGCUUGGGGGUCUUGUCAAUCAAGGUUUUAUUAUGCUGCUGUGGCUUUGAUGGGCUGUUUUUUCUCAUGGCCCUUUUUCUGCUCGCUGCUGGGGCUUCUGGUUCUUGUUCGACGCUGCACUGGUUUAAAGGUGCUCUUUGGUUCUGCUCAACUGAUUUUCAGCUGGACUUCCAGCUGGGCUUUCAGCAGCCUUUGGCUUACUUGAAGAAAGUUUCCUUCUUGAUAAACUCUUAUACUUUCAAUGGAUUUUCAAUUGGUGGUGAGUUUCGACUUUGUAUUGCUUUGGUGUACUUCUCCGCAUUUUUUGGCAUCACUCUCAUAACCCAGUUACUGUAUGAGUUCAAAAGAGCAUCAGCAAAUCAUUUUAUAGAAGAAUAA